AUGGACAUCUCACUGACCUUUGUACCACCACCACCACCACAUCAAACAGAACUGCUCGCACUAUCGCUCCCAAACAACGAUUACCUCAACAGUUAUCUCUACGACGAGGAGCCGGCUCCAGCUCCCAGCAUGUCUAACCCGGGGAUCAUCGCCACCAACAUCACCACAAAGUUUCUGUCUGCUUGUAGGACUUUGGAAACCGGAGAGAUCGUCAAAGAUGCCUAUUUCACUUUGUUCGAAGCUGUCGGGGCUCUUGAGAUUGGUGAUCCCAAGAUGGACAGUGGCUGUUUAGCCCCCGGCGAAACUCUGGAAGAAACCUACGAUGUGAACCGCCCACUGUCUGCCCCGGAGGUACUCGGUAUCAUUGAUCAACUACUCUGUCUCGAGAUGGCGUGGCAUCUGGGCUAUCCCCUCUCGCAGACUAUCCUCACCAGCGUCUAUAUCGAAGCGCUGGUGGAACCGGCGUCGGCUACGUUGCAGGAGGCGGACUUUGUAAGGAAUCGCAAGACGCCGAGGGAUCCCAUGUCGACUGUCUUGAGGGCGUAUUGUCUGGGACUGGUGAGGACUUGUGCGGAUGUGUUGGAGACGAUCAGGGACGAGCUUUAUUACGAGGAAGAGGAUUUCGUCACCAACACCUACCGCCGAAACCUCAUGGAUCACUUUGACCGGUAUGAGAUCCGGGAUGAGAUCUUAUCAGCCAAACACACGCUCCACGAGCUUAGGGCCAAGAUCGGGACCGACAUGACACAAGCACUUUCGUUCCGUCUAGAACUACGAUCCGCAUUCCUCCGGGCUCUCGAGCUCAUAGAGGAUCGCGGCAGUCCCGACUCUCUCCAGAUACCGUGGUAUCAGAUGCACAGCGUAUGGGAAGCAAUUCUCAAGCUGCCCGGCCUAGCCAAGGAGGUUCCCGAAGCCUUCAGCACCAAGCUCCAGCGGAAACUGGCGAGCAGCAUGCCUCCCCGGCCGAUCGUAACGCUCAGCUUCGACGAAGCAGCGAAGCACUUCAAGAAGCUCUGCAACGACGCCAUCAACGCGGUUAAGAUCCUGGAUUAUCACGACUCGCAAAGCCUUCUGAACUUCGUCUUCCACUUCCAAGCGCAGAAACCGCAGCCGCUGGUCUACAUCCGCUGUCUACUCCAGAACCUGCUAUUCAAAGACAUGGUCCUCCUGGACCGGCUCAGCAUCCGCCAAGUCAUGGAUGACGACCUUUCUAUAGUCGUCAUGCCCGCGCACGAGCUGCUCGAUCCCAACAACGACCUCGUCGAGGCAGCGCCCCACUCGGCCCGCUUUGCCAUCGCUCACCAGAUGGAACUCUUCCGCAAGCGCGCCGCCCAGGCCUACAUCGACAUCUUCCGCGUGCUGUGCCAGAACCGGUGUCGUGUGCGCCGCAUGUUGUGUCACUUGAUCCAGGACUGGGAGCAGGUGCAGCUUGACGCCGAAGACAUCGAUCAGCUUUUGCAGGUGCAAAUCGACGAGAAACCGUUAGCCUACCAGUCGCAGACCACGCUCACUUUGGGGUCUGAGCCGGGGUACUCGUUGCCGCUUUCCUCGUGGGCAUAUCUCUAUAAGCUUCGCUUGAUGGAGUGGAUCGUUCAGUUGGGUUUCGAGCUCGAGAUCUAUGCCCCCGAUGAGCUGGCGGGCAUGUACUGGUAUCUUUCCCAUCUGGCCAAGACGAGGGCUCAGCAUGUGGAACGUAUUCAGGCUUUUACCAAUCAUCGGUUCAAUGAGUUGCGGUCGUCUUCGUCGUCUUCUUCUACCUCUCCUUCUUCUACCCAUAGUAAUAAGCCAAUCCCCGCAACCCCCUGGAUACCUCCAACCCAACCUUACCACCCUCCUCGCGGCUGGCCCGUUUCUAUCUCCUCCUCCCCCGUUCCCAUAUCCCCUUCCCCUUUCAACGCCCCCGUUACUACUUCCGCCUCCUCCGCCCCAACAACAGGCAACAACACCUCAGGAACCUCAACCACCACACCCAUAACCCACCACUACACCUACUCCACAACCCCCGAAGCAUCCUUCACCCGCUCCCUCACCUACUUACGGUCAACAAUCCUCGACGCAGCAAUAACCUGGGAAUUCGCCGACACCGUCUCAGUAAUCUACACCAUCCUGUCUCAACGGCUAGAACUAAUCCCGCCGCCGCCUAGACCGUAUGGCACGGACGAGCAGCGGUAUGAAGUCCGUAUGAAGCCGUUUAGGAUGGUUAGUUUACCGGAGGUUCCUAGUUAUGAGACUUGGAAGGGGCAUAUGCAGGGCGGUGGGGUUGGCAAUCACAGAGAGGGUGAAGGAGAAGAAGGAGAAGAAAGAGAAGAAAGACAAAAAGAGACGACAAAGCAACUGUGGGAAUUCGCGACACAAGCGGUUGGUCAGGCAAAGAAAGCAUUUGCGGUGUUGGAGGGUUUGGGAGAGCGGGAGGCUUUUGCUGCUGGUGGUGGUGGAUUCAGUUCUUUACCUUCCUUCGAAACCCCGUCCCCAUUCACAACAGCAGCAGCAACAUCCGGUUCAACUGCCCCAGCCCCCACAACAACAGCUGCCCCUACAACACCAUCAGAAAGACAGAACCAGUCACACUCACAAAACCCCCAAGACCAAGCAAGAGGUAACCACAACCGCUGGAUCUCCAACAUCCGUCGGUACAAACUCAGCAUCGAAAAGGCCGAGAAAAUCUUGCAAGAAGGGAUCAGAAAAGCGGUGGAGAUGGAUGUUGAAGGAAAGACGACGGAAGAGAUCAAGAGGGUAGUUAAGGUGAAAGUGCCGAGGAGUGAAGAGGUGUGGGAUCGGGGGGAACAUUGGUGGUGGAUUGUUCCUGAUGUUGAGGUUGUUGAGGGAGCGUAA